AUGCCUUGUUUAGCACCGAACUCUCACCUUUCGAGAGCACAGAUUCUGUCCUCCUCUUGAGCGGAAGAAGGUCUGUUUUUAACGUAUAUUUUCUUCUCAUAGUUUUUUACAUCAACAACCUUUCUUUUUUUACUUUAACAACCUUUCGUCACAGCAGCUAUGUCCGAGUAUGCUUGGGUUCGCAACGUCUGCUUGGAAAUCGCGUCCACACUUUGUGGUACACUUGGUAAGCAGCUUAUGCGGAUCGGAAAGCUCGUAGAGAUGCGGGCAGAUGCGGAACGUGAACAGGCAAAUAAACUCGUCGACAAGGAAAGUGGCCUAGGCAACAUCAAGCCCCCGAUCGGAGGGAAAAACAUCAGUUGCGAGAAACAAGUCUGCAAGAAGACCACGGGUUCUUUCGCGAGCAGCUGCAGUCCUUCCUCAAUCAAAAGCUCUUCAAAGAAAAUCACAAAAUCAACGUCUGAUCUGUUGGAGAAGGAUUCCGCUUUCCUCUUCGGGCGGUCCAUUUGCAUCCUCGGCGUCUUCAUCAACGCUUUUAUCGGGCCCUUUCUCGACGCCUUCGCGUACCAGGACGUCGCCCAGUCCCUCAUCACCCCGCUGACGGGCCUGGGCGUCGUGUGGAACACGCUGCUCGCCCCCUGCACGCUCGGCGAGGUGCUGAGCGCGAAGCGGGUGAUCGCGAUCACGUUAAUCGUCCUGGGCAUCAUUCUGACGGUGUGCUUCGCGGUGAAGGUGGAGAGCCGCACGUGGCAAACCACGGACGACAUCAAGGAAAUUUGGUACAGCUGGCGCACCCGAUGCUACGUGGUCGCGUUCAGCGUGCUGAUCGCCGGCAGCGUGCACCUGCAGCAGAGAUUCGAGAACAAGCACGACUACCGCCGGGGCUUCCUCAUCGGCUGCACGGCCGGCGCGCUUUCGGGCAACAUGUUCUGCAUGAAGCUGUUGAUGGAGCUGCUCGCGAUUGGGUACAAGGCCGACCAGUUUCUGGGCAUCUUUCGCUUUUUCGUCACCGACUUUGUCCUGAUAUCCUCCAUCAUCGGAGGCGCGCUGUUUUUUAGCAUAUCCAACGCCAUCCUGCUGGCGAUCGGAAUGCGAAAUUUUGAAGUUUUGUACAUGGUGCCCAUCUUCGAGGCAUCGGCAAUCAUUCUCGACGGGCUCUCCGCCGCAGUCGUCAUGCGCGACUUUGACCACCCCGUGGACUUGUGGCUACCGCUGCCAAACCCGGACUACGUUAGUGGUUCCGACGUUAAUGCUGUAAUACAUGAUGGAGGAGCCACGAUGAACGAUCCGAAUGUAAGCGGCCAGAGCUCCACCUCUCGGUUUGGCGUCACGGUCAACGCCCACUGGCGGGGCGUGGGGUACAUCUGCAGCAUGUGCAUCAUAGUUUUGGGGCUGCGGUUGCUGGUACUCGCGCAAGGAAAGGUAGAGGCUGAACAUAAUUCCAGCUGUUCUAGUGCAUCGAGUGGGAGUGAAGAGUAUGAGGAAGACGAGGAGCACGGAAUGGCAGCUAGCCGCGUAAGCAGUCCCUUCGCGAAGAUGGACGACCUGCAAAUUAGCAACUAUGGGAGCGCGGGGAACAAGAUGAGCCGAGGCUUUGGGGGUUCAGGGAAGAAACCGUUGGGCAGAAAAAAUUUUGGUAGCCGCGAAUCACCGAACUAUAAAUGCACGACGCAACUGCCACCAGAAAAUUCUGGACUACCCUAAGAGAAAAAAUUUUUACAAAAGAGAAAAUACAGCGAUGAUCUUGAUCUACAUCUAGUGUGUUUGGCAUUCUUGUUUUCGAAGCUCGUUGCUUUCGUUUUGCUGAAGUCAAUUCUCGCUCAGAUGGAGAGUGAAUUGCUAUGACUUGUUGUACAAGUCGUCAACUUCUCGUGGCCUCUGCUUAUUGAUUUUUGCCUGAGUACUUCUACAAUUUUUGAAUGCAUGAAUCUAAUUCAGCACAGCUGGUGCACAUGCACGCAACCUGUAACUCAAUAAAUAUGGUACGUUUUCGCUUUUCUGUCACUGUCUGCUCUUGAGAAUAAAUUCACUGUUGCCAAGACCACGCGCAGUUUUUCGUACAUUUUACUGUGAAAAAAUCGCCAAACUUCUGAAGUAACACUGAACAUUUUUCCUACUGAC